GGUCAAUCCGACUCGGUCGCGUGGCGCGCGCGGCCCGCGAUGACGUCACGACCAAUCGGCGUGCGCCAGCUGGGAUUCCGGGUUUUUGACAGAAUCCAACGUGUCGCGAACAGUCGCGAGAAGCGCGGUGGUGAACAGCGGUGGACGUGUCACAGGGCAUUUUGUUCAGGGUGAUACGGGCGUGUGGAUGAAUUAAAGUGACCGCGCGUUGCCCAUCCGCCGAACGACAGAGGCCUCGCAUCAGGGAUACGCCGAUUUUCAAGCCGAUCGCAACGAAAACACAAUAAAACAGAAAAAUGAAUACCUCGAUGUCGCUAGUACUUUCCAUAUUCCUUGGAAUCGUGUGCGCUGUUACGGCGUUGAAAGAAGGUGACUGCGAAGUAUGCGUCGCUGUUGUGGACAAAUUUAGUCAAACAUUAACACCAGACAUUAAAAGUGACACCAAGAAAAUUGAAGCAAAGUUUCGAGAAUUCUGUAAGGGCACUAAAUCAAAAGAAAAUAGAUUUUGCUAUUAUUUAGGAGGGUUAGAAGAAUCUGCUACUGGUAUCUUAGGGGAGCUCAGUAAACCACUGUCGUGGUCUAUGCCAGCAGACAAAAUAUGCGAGAAAUUAAAGAAGCGAGAUGCUCAAAUAUGCGAUUUGAGAUUCGAGAAACAAAUCGAUCUCAAUACCGUGAAUCUGAAGAAGCUGAAGGUGCGUGACUUAAAGAAAAUCUUGAAUGAUUGGGAAGAGACGUGUGAAGGAUGCAUAGAGAAGUCGGACUUUAUCAAACGGAUCGAGGAGCUCAAACCCAAGUAUUUUAGCAGCAGCUCGAAGACAGAGCUCUGAAGGAUUGUCUUCAAUUUAGACAAGCAAUUACGUUUAGGAUGGCUAAAAUUUCUGUUUCUUCAAUUUACAGAGGAAUUGUUUACAGCAUUUAGGAUAUGUAUUUAUCCGUGUCUAUGUACGAUUUGCGUAUAGCUUCGUUCUAAAAGAAAGUUGAUCUUAAAUGACAGUCUUUUGAACUUAGUUUUUAGUUUUUAUUGAAUGGAGUAGAGAUUAAAGAGAAGAUUAGCAUGUGACAAACGAUAAUGAGCAAAAAAAAUUUUGUUAUGUAACGUUUUUAUAUCUCAAUAAUUCCGAUGAAUGUGUACAUUAGAGUAAUUUGAUUUUUUUCCCCUGAGAUAGCCAUGCUAAUAAUGAAUCUAUUUUAUCGAAGGUGCUCCAUUUUUGAUGGCAACAUUAGGUGUAAAUUAAUAUAUACAGCAUUUAUAUGCGAGAAAUUUUAUUUUCACACGGUAUUUGUCUUCAUUGCUCUUCCUCAGGUAGUGUAGUAAUACGCAAAUACGUUUGUGCGGUAUGUCUGAACGAUACUUCGUACCAAAAAGCAUUGUACGGUGUCGAGCGAUAUGUGUAAGAGGUACUUUAUCCACAACACCGUUGUAUGCUAUUAUGAAGUUUGAUUUCUUUUACAUUAUCCGUUAUGCACAAAACAAAAUGUACAAUUAAACUUACGGAGUAUCUCUCACGGUCAGUAUCAAUGAACUGUCUUACUUGAAGUACUUGAACAUGCGGGCUUAACAAUGCCAAUUUUUGAGAUAAGAAUUAUUUAUAUCGAUAUACACCAAUUUUUCCAGUAAAAAGAAACAGAGAAAAAAAGAAAUUAUAAAAGUACUCGAAGUACAAUAUCCUAAAAUUAAAGUUCGCGAUAAAUCACGCAUAAAUCAUCGUAGAUAAGGUAUUGUCGCAUAUCCGAGUGUACUAUUCUGAAAAUUCCAAACUGAAUUAUUUAUUUCGUGGUAAGACUGCGUAAUUACGUUUUUUAUAUUACAUUCGUGAGUCUUGAUACAAAAGGUCAGAAAGAAAUAAAGCAGUGUGUGUUGUUACAAAA